GAGGAUAUAUAAAUAAUGCUGACUACUUUCUUUUGGUCGUGAGUAUCUUGUUUAUACACGACUGCAGAUACAGAGUGUGUUUCUGAAGAUAAGACGAACCAGAGUAACCCCCCGCCUACACACACAGAGAGAAACGAGCCCCUCUUCCAGAUCUCUGGCUGUAUUUUUCGAGGGACGUGUAAAAAUGAGCGACGGUCCGAUUCUCAUUCGUUUGAGGAGAAACCAGUCGGGAUCACAGUGGGGAUUUCGUAUGCAGGGGGGAUACGACCAGGGAUCAUGUUUAUAUAUUCAGAAGGUUAGCCCCAAGAGUAUCGCUUACAAAAGCGGACUCCGUGUAGGAGAUGGAAUUCUCCGGAUAGGGAACACACCAGCACAAUACUUAAACCACCAAGACGCCAAGAUGGAGAUUAUCCGAGCCGGAAAUGAACUAGAUUUUGUCGUUCAGAGGAAUGUGGUUGACUUGGGACAAGGUGAUCACGUGGACGCUCCGUCAUUUCCUGUAAAUGAAUCCAGCCAAUCAACAGUCGAGGAAGAAUCCACAGCUUAUCGUGGAUACACUAACCCUAACGUACAAUCCAGAUCUUUUAAAAUCCUACAACAGUCCCUCAACUAUUCCGAAGCUACAGGUGGUUGCUCCUCUCCGGCGGAGACCGCCAAUCAACAGGUGUUUUCCCUCAGUGACUUGUUACACUUCGUAGACUAUUAAUGAAACGUAAGGUCGUAUUCUCAUAUCCAUCUCCAACAACAGUUUCCAAAAAUCAUACACUGGAUAUUUCCAGUCUAACUGCGGAUCAAUCCUAUUUUUACUGCCAGAAUAAACCAAAUGCUACUGACCGACCUAUCGCCUGAAUCGACCUAUACGCAAACAAUUUGUCUCAGCAACCACAAUGAUUUACGUGUGACUUUCCAGACUACCCCCUUCAGUAAAUCUUUGUCUUUUUGGCACAAGUGUUGUGUCUGUCCAUGACCCCCCUUGUUGUAGUUUUGUGUAUUUUUAUUUUUUUGACCUUUCAUUUCUUUGUUUGUUGUUCUUGAUAAUGGUUUGCCAAUAUCGUUGUAUCAUUAUUGUUAUGAAUAUUGUGAUGUAAUUAUAAUUUGAUAUUUAUACACGAGAUUUAUAUUUGUACAAUUUCAAUGUAUCUUUUUUGGAGAGUUCGUGUAUAUUUGUGCAAAUAAACAAGAAAAAUGAG